AUGCAAAAUUUGACCCAAACUGGCCUAUCUCUGAAUAAAGUGGGUGGAGGCUUAGCAACCAUGAAUGGCAGCGCAAAUAACAGUAUGUUUUUGUCCACUAAUCUUCAAACACCAGAAAACUUUAUCUUUGAACAAGAUGAUCCAAGUCCCGAGGAAGAUGAUUAUGAUUCAGGACAUGAAUUUCAACAAAUUGCUUCCAACUCGGGACUCAAGCCAGGAAAAAAAACGAAAGGACGAGUUAAAAUCAAAAUGGAAUUUAUCGAAAAUAAACUUCGAAGAUACACAACUUUCAGUAAGAGGAAAACGGGGAUUAUGAAAAAGGCGUAUGAAUUGUCCACACUGACUGGCACUCAAGUCAUGCUUCUUGUAGCCAGUGAGACUGGCCAUGUAUACACUUUUGCUACCAGAAAACUGCAGCCCAUGAUCACUAGUGAAAGUGGCAAAGCAUUAAUUCAGACAUGCCUCAAUUCCCCGGAUCCCCCUCCUGGCACCUCCUCUGGAAAUGUGUUAGAACAAAGGAUGAAUCCCUCUGGUUUUGAAGAGACAGAUUUAUCCUGUGCUGUAGGGGAAGAUGAUCAACAAAAGCUGAUAGACAGCAACUGUAACAUGAAAACAGUGUUCCCCAUGCCGUCACAUGGGGGUAAUGUGUCGCCACAGGACCAGCUGAGUGUGCCGUCCCCCAGCAGCCAGGUGUCAAACCCACAGCCCACCUACACAUUACAGAGUGUAGCCCCCACAGGCUCCACAGCCUCUGUCAGCAAAACCUUCACCCUCAGCACCAACAGCUCCAGCACCACUAGCAAUGCCUCCACUACCAAUACCUUUCAGACUAUGCAACUACCAUUCAUCGUACAAUCAGGUGGGGCAAUAUCCAUGCUCCAGCCCACAAGUCAGCAAAUGGGACAAGCCAUCACAGUGUCUCAGUCCCAGAAUGUAUUAAAGGCAGCCACAUUGGGUCAAGUUAUGUCUACACAAAACAGUCAGACAUUAUCCAGUAGUCAAACUAAUCAAACAGGUGAACUGAAUACUCCUCUCCCAGUCAGCACCCCUUCUCAUAUCAGUUUUAUGCAAGGUAUGACUCCAGGUAUUGUAAUGUAUCACACACCUCAAGGUGUUGUGUAUGCGACGCCCACACAGAAUCUCCAUGACAGAACUAUUUUUAACUUUCCUCAACCAACAACAGCAAUAUCAUUAUCACAAACGGACCAGUCUGCAGGUCACCAGCUAAUUACUAUACCAGUCCCAGUAUCAAUUAGUGGAAAUUCUAUAUUACAAUUAGCUGCAACACCUAACGUUGAUAAUUCUUCAGGGGAGACUACCAUUUCACAACCACCACCAUUAAAAAAGGCAAAGAAAUGAUACUCAUAGGACUUUUUUUUCUACCAACAUCUGUAUUGGGUGUCUAUCACAUGCCAUUUCUCAUCAUCUACUAGUUUGAUAGUCAUGUAAAAGUAGUACUGUGCUUACGUUUCCCCAUUAGUCAGCUGAAUGCACUUCGACCUCAGCAAUUUAAAAAGUAAUUAUUUUUAGAUUUUUAUAAGUACUAAAAAUGAAGAUUAAUGUGUGCCUUUACUUCAUCAACUGUAAUUUUUGCUUCAUUUAUCUUCAAGGCAGGCAAAAAAUAAUUGUGCUGAUAGCUAGACAAGAGAAACUUGUAUAGGCCCAUACUGUUAUCUAUUUCAUAAAGUGAUGUGGGCACAGAAAUGUUGUAUAAAUACUUUGUGAGAUUUGGUGUAAAUGUUUCUUACAAAUCAGGUUACAUGAAGCAUGAAUGUAUUUGUGUUAUCUCAUGUGUCUUGUUAGCUCUCUUGUUAUUUGAAUACUGUUGUAUCUCAACAUUUUUCCAAUGGUGCUAUGUAAUAUUUAAAUCAAAUUAAAAAUUGUACAGACUAA